AUGCAGCUUGUGCUGUGGUUGCCAUGGUUCGCAUGGCUUGCUACAGCAGCCAAGGUGUACAGAUGCAAAUGGCCACGCUCUGUUUUAAGCUCUGGUGAUCCCAAUUUGACUGUGACAGUGGAUGGAUCUGAAGUGAAGUGCGAUCGGACUGGAGAUGCAAAUUACAUUUGUCCAGCCGCCUGUGACUACGUGAACAGCAAUCCAGACGCUUGCUUUGGGCCCAUCGAAGAUGGAGGUGAAUGCAACACCGUUUGGGAAAGGAAUAGCCAGUCCUUCUACACGCUAGAGAGUAUCAACAGCACCUACGCUUGCACCAGGCGCUGGAAUAGUGAUUGUUCUCAAGACAUGGGAGGCACAGCAUGUCACCAACUGGGCCAGUGCUAUGGGAGCUACCAGAUGGUCACUUUCGAUCAGCAGACCUUUCUGGCGAAGUAUGGCUACGAGCCGAGCUUCCUGCAGCAGCCGUGGGAGAUUCUGGAGCCUCCGUCUUGUGCUGGCCACACAGCUGCGGAGUGCUGCAUGUUAAACAUCAACUACUACCGCUGUCUACAUGGAGCACCUCCCUUGAUCUAUCACGCAGGGAUUGCAGCCAGCGCACAGGAGUGGGCCAGCAAGAAGGACAAGGGCAGCAUUCAUUCCAACUGGGGAAGCCUGGCUGGACUUGGAUAA